UAGAAACUAAACGUAUUUAUUCUUUAGCAGCGAAGCGUGUUUCAUGUGAAUUUAUUUUGUUAUUUGAUUUUUUGCCACAGCUCAUGUGCUAAAAUACUUUUAAAACGCGUUAAAUUCACUUAGAGCGCAGUUAUUGUGUAAUUUAAGUGUUUUGUUUGUCUAAUUUGGCAAUAUGGUUGUUGUAUCUCCAACAUUUUCUGUACCGGCCGAGGGGAUUCUAAUGCAAUUGCCUUCGGUAAAACUUAUAGUAAAUAAUGACGUAGACUUGGGUACAGCUACACUAUAUAUUACCGAGCACAAUGUAGUAUGGGGUGGGGGCGUGGGCAGACAGGGAGGGCCGUCUCCGACGGUGACACUGAUGUAUCAGAACAUCUCGCUGCAUGCCAUCCAAAGAGACCCGGGCCCUGGACUCAUCCUGGUCAUCAAUCAUGAACUCAACCUCCCUGAGAUGACACAGCAGGGCGCGGGAGACGCGAUAGCAGAUGAAGAUGACGAAUACGAUGCUGAUGAGGAACCCAUGACUAAACUGAGGUUUGUCCCGGCCAAUGACAAUGACCUGGAAGGUCUGUUCCUCGCGAUGAACCAGGGUCAGGCGUUACACCCGGACCCCGCAGACGAGGUGGAUGAUGACGAGGACCCGUACAUGGAUGGAGAGGAAUUUGAUGAUGGAGAGGAUGAGUUCGAGGAUGCUGAGGAGAGCAACGCGUCGCCGGAGGAGGCGGCGGCGCGGCUCCGCCAGAUGCGGCUCGACAACGUUAACGGAGCCCACGAACGCUUAAACGACGAAGCAGAGGACGCGGAAAUCGGCGAGUGAUCACUUCACACACACAUAAACAAUUAUUGCUUCUUCUAUGUGUACACUCACGUGCCACGCACACACUUAGACACUCAGCUAUGUGCAGAAAAGUAACGCAAGAAACAUAUAUGUACUGCAUUUUAGUAUCUUUUUAUCUUGUAAUAAAAAGGGGUCAUAUAUUUUCUGAUGAUUAUGACCACUAAUAAAUAGGAUAGAAAAAUGACUAAACUACAGAGUUAACAUUUUAAAUAGUAAUUCAAAUAUAAUUACAACAUGCAUAAUUUCGGUAAUAAAAAAUGGACAUGUUAUAGUGAAUUUUCCAUUAAAAUACCCUAGUUUUGGGUUUAUCCCACUUUCUCUAGGAAUAAAAUGUAGCUGAGUGUUUAUGUAUGUGUUACAAUGUACUUAUAGAUAUAAUUUUAACACAAUAUAGCUGUUUUUGUGUCAUCGAUGUAUGCCCAACCAUUCCUAUGUGUACGCCUCUAAAAACGGAUAGACACAAACACAUGAGUAUUUUUGUAUCAUCAUUAUUAUUAUAUAAUACUCGAUUGUAACGUAACUCCCGCUAAAAAUGCGUGUAUGGAGCGUACGAUAUACCAAAAUAAAAA